CUAAUACCGAAAAGCGGAAGCACAUGUUUGUUGUUUACCUCUGAGAAGUGGUUAGCUGUACUAAUAAUAAAAGAAUCUGGAAUCUUAAAUGAUGAAGUUUGUUUUGAAGAAUGUUAAAAAUGGUUGUAGAGCUGGUGUUAUAUCUGAGUUAGGGAAUCAUCCAGAUAAAACAGUUGAUACACCAUUCUGUAUGCUAUAUACAAGAGGAGGCAGUGCUCCACAUCUUUCAAGGGAUGUUUUGAACAGAUUGAAGAAUUUGCCAUUAGUAGCACACAUGCCUUUGAAUAUACUAGCAGAUCACCAUGAAGCUGUGAGGAAGUUUCAACAUGGAAUAGGAAAAUUUGCAGCCAUGAAAGAUUGGAUAGUUUAUUGUUCUCUACACGAUCCAUCAACCCUAGUUAAAUCAGGUUAUAAUGAUAAAAUUGGCGUCUCGGUCUGGGGAAAAGGUGGAAAGUUAAAGCUAGAUACUGAACUAUUUAUGAAAAUUCAAGAAUCAUUUCAACCCGAUAUUUACCAGGCGUUGAGUGAUGGUGAUACUGAUAUAAACUCGACUAGAAAAAGAUGUAUAAAAGUAGUGGAUAGAACUUUAUCUUUCCUAGAUUCAAUAGUUGAUAUACACAGCAAGUCAGAGAGGUUGAAGAAAACUGCUAUAUUUGGUUCUAUUGUUGGAGGUUAUAAUGAAGCAGAGAGAGUUCGAUGUGUUAAAGAAACAAUAUCUAGACCUGUGCAAGGAUUUGUUAUUGAAGGGUUUUUCAAUCCUGGACCAGAUACUGAACAUUUCCAGAUAAAUGAGUGUGUUAACUUAUUACAAAAAAUAAUAGAAUUUCUACCUGUUGAUAAACCACGUUUAAUGCAGUCAGUAUGGCCACCUGAUGCGGUGAUACAGGCGUAUGAAUUAGGAAUUGAUAUAUUUGACAGCUCAUAUCCUUAUAUGGUAACAGAAAGAAAUUCGGCAUUAGUUUUUACUUACAAUAUACCCACAGAGGAAACCGAGGGUGAAGAAUUACCAGAUACAUUUGAAAUUAAUUUAAGUGAUAAAAAAUAUUUUGAUGAUUUUAGUCCCUUAUUAAAAGAUUGUAAAUGUUUUACCUGUGAAAAUUAUACAAGAUCUUACGUUAAUCAUCUGUUAAACACUACAGAACUUUUAGCUAGUAUUUUACUCAUGAUCCAUAAUUUUCAUCAUUAUUUUGAGUUUUUUGAAUCACUAAGAAGAUCAAUAUCAGAUGGGAAGUUAGAAGAGUUGAAGAAAUUAAUAAAUAAACAGAAGAAAUUACCCUCUGUUGAAAGAUGAUGAUCAUUACAUUAAUAAAUAUUGUAAAUAAAUAAAUAUUUUAUACUAUAA